AUGGCCGAGACAUCAGGCGGCGCCGAUUACGAGGCGCUCGCCCCGACUUACAAACUCUGGGUUCAUUUAACCGCCGGUGCAAUGGCCGGUGUCGCGGAACAUUGCGUGAUGUUCCCCUUGGAUUCGGUGAAGACCCGGCUGCAAAGUUUAUGUCCUUGUCCCGAGACGAAUUGCCCCACUCCGAUCCAUGGGGUCGCAUCGAUGGUCCAACGAGAGGGCUGGCUUCGACCGCUGCGAGGAGUGAAUGCUGUAGCGGCCGGCUCUAUUCCAGCACAUGCGCUUUAUUUUUCGGCCUAUGAGAAGAUGAGGGUAAGUUACUUUCCGUUUGUUCUUCGGUUUUUAGAUAGAAUUUGAUGGUGGAGUUUGUCUGAACAGCUAGUAGAGGUGCUUCAGCAACUAGUAAAUGCGAGUUUGCAGGAUUUCCUCACCGGCCACACUCGUUCUCACUCAAAUACUUUGGCCUAUGGAGCAGCUGGCGCGUGCGCCACUGUUUUCCACGACCUGGUCAUGAAUCCCGCCGAAGUCGUGAAACAACGAAUGCAGAUGCAUUUCAGUCCAUAUGGAGGAUCUCUCGAAUGUGCUCGAUGUAUUUACCGGAGUGAGGGCUUCGCCGCCUUCUACAGAUCUUAUUCUACCCAGCUCAUCAUGAAUGUCCCCUUCCAGACGAUUCAUUUCAUGGUCUACGAGUUUUUCCAAAAAGUCCUCAACCCUCAGCAUCUGUAUGACCCGCGAAGUCAUUUGCUCGCCGGUGGAUUGGCAGGUGGUAUCGCGGCGGCUGUAACAACGCCUCUGGAUUGUGUCAAAACCGUGUUAAACACUCAGCAAACUCCCGAAAUUGAUGCUAAAAAUGGAAGGAUACUGUUGAAGGCGACUAGAAGCUACGCAGGUGAGAGAUUUGGCUUGAAUCUUUGGGUGAAAUAUCUAGUUUUGUCAGUAUAUUGUUUUAGGUAUAAAAAAUUUUUUUUUGAAAAUUGAUCGAAGAAUCAUGUAUAUCAUGUUUUGUUUGAUUUUUCGCGGCAUAUUUUACCAUUUGCUGUCUUUUUGGACGGAUUUUUGACACCAAAUUGUAUUACACUAGGUAAAUUUUCCAAUUUCAGGUAUUGUGGAUGCCGUCUCGACAAUAUAUCGAACGCGAGGUGUUACCGGUUUUUACCGAGGACUCCAAGCCCGUGUGAUCUAUCAAAUGCCCGCCACUGCGCUGUCAUGGAGUGUCUAUGAGCUCUUCAAAUUCACUCUGGAUGGACAUUAG